UGUCGCACGUCAUUUUCAAGCGACUUCAUCUUUGUCAGUGCACAAAAUGGCGCCUUACAGCCUACUGGUGACCCGGCUACAGAAAGCCCUGGGUGUGCGGCAGUAUCAUGUGGCCUCAGUCCUGUGCCAACGGGCCAAGGUGGCCAUGAGCCACUUUGAGCCCAGUGAGUAUAUCCGCUAUGACUUGCUAGAGAAAAACAUUAACAUCGUUCGCAAAAGAUUGAACCGGCCUUUGACGCUCUCAGAGAAGAUUGUGUAUGGGCACCUGGAUGACCCGGCCAACCAGGAGGUCGAGCGGGGCAAGACAUACCUGCGACUGCGGCCAGACCGUGUAGCCAUGCAAGAUGCCACAGCCCAGAUGGCCAUGCUGCAGUUUAUCAGCAGUGGGCUGCCCAAGGUGGCUGUGCCAUCCACCAUCCAUUGUGACCAUCUAAUUGAGGCCCAGCUUGGGGGUGAUAAAGACCUGCGCCGGGCCAAGGACAUCAACCAGGAAGUCUAUAAUUUCCUGGCAACUGCAGGUGCCAAAUAUGGUGUGGGCUUCUGGAGGCCUGGAUCUGGAAUCAUUCACCAGAUUAUUCUGGAAAACUAUGCAUACCCUGGGGUUCUUCUAAUUGGCACUGACUCCCACACCCCCAAUGGUGGUGGCCUGGGGGGCAUCUGCAUUGGAGUUGGGGGUGCUGAUGCAGUGGACGUCAUGGCUGGGAUCCCCUGGGAGCUAAAGUGCCCCAAGGUGAUUGGUGUGAAGCUGACGGGCUCCCUGUCUGGGUGGAGCUCUCCCAAAGAUGUGAUCCUGAAGGUGGCAGGCAUCCUCACAGUGAAGGGCGGCACGGGUGCUAUCGUGGAAUACCACGGGCCUGGUGUUGACUCCAUCUCCUGCACUGGCAUGGCAACAAUCUGCAACAUGGGCGCAGAAAUUGGGGCCACCACUUCGGUGUUCCCUUACAACCAUAGGAUGAAGAAGUACCUGAGCAAGACAGGCCGGGCAGAGAUUGCCCGUCUAGCUGAUGAAUUCAAGGAUCACUUGGUGCCUGACCCUGGCUGCCAUUAUGACCAAUUGAUUGAAAUCAAUCUCAACGAGGUGAGGAAGGUGAUUGGGUUCAAGGAACUUCUGAGAAUGGGGACCUUGCUUUCUUGUCACUGGGGCCCAGCAUGGUUCAGAAGCCCUGAGCAGGGCUUGUGGGCCUUUGGUUUCCCAUCAGUGGAGACCCCCGCUUGGUUUCUCCUGCUGACCCCUGACCCCACCACUCACAAUGUACCAGGACUGAUCGGCAGCUGCACCAAUUCGAGCUAUGAGGACAUGGGGCGCUCCGCAGCUGUGGCCAAGCAGGCGCUGGCCCAUGGACUCAAGUGCAAGUCUCAGUUCACUAUCACUCCAGGCUCUGAGCAGAUCCGUGCUACCAUUGAGCGAGAUGGCUAUGCACAGAUCCUGCGGGAUGUGGGCGGCAUCGUCCUGGCCAAUGCCUGUGGCCCAUGCAUUGGCCAGUGGGACAGAAAGGACAUCAAGAAGGGGGAAAAGAACACAAUCGUCACCUCCUACAACAGGAACUUCACGGGCCGCAAUGAUGCAAACCCCGAGACCCACGCCUUUGUCACAUCCCCAGAGAUUGUCACAGCCCUGGCCAUUGCAGGAACCCUCAAGUUCAACCCAGAGACCGACUUCCUGACAGGCAAGGAUGGCAAGAAGUUCAAGCUGGAGGCUCCAGAUGCCGAUGAGCUUCCCCACGCGGAGUUUGACCCAGGGCAGGACACCUACCAGCAACCUCCCAAGGACGGCAGUGGGCUGCGGGUAGAUGUGAGUCCCACGAGCCAGCGCCUGCAGCUCCUGGAGCCUUUUGACAAGUGGGAUGGCAAAGAUCUGGAGGACCUGCAGAUCCUCAUCAAGGUUAAAGGGAAGUGUACCACAGACCAUAUCUCAGCUGCUGGCCCCUGGCUCAAGUUCCGUGGGCACCUGGACAACAUCUCCAACAACCUGCUUAUUGGUGCCAUCAACAUUGAAAACGGCAAGGCCAAUUCCAUACGCAAUGCUGUCACCCAGGAGUUUGGCCCUGUCCCUGACACUGCCCGCUACUACAAGAAACAUGGCAUCAGGUGGGUGGUGAUUGGAGAUGAGAACUACGGUGAGGGCUCAAGCCGGGAGCAUGCAGCACUGGAGCCGCGCCACCUUGGGGGUCGGGCCAUCAUCACCAAGAGCUUUGCCAGGAUCCAUGAAACCAACCUAAAGAAGCAGGGCUUGCUACCCCUCACCUUCGCGGACCCAGCCGACUACAAUAAAAUUCACCCUGUGGACAAGUUGACCAUUCAGGGCCUGAAGGACUUUGCUCCUGGCAAGCCUCUGAAAUGCAUCAUCAAACACCCCAAUGGAACCCAGGAGACCAUCCUCUUGAACCACACCUUCAAUGAGACCCAGAUCGAGUGGUUCCGUGCUGGCAGUGCCCUGAACAGAAUGAAGGAGCUGCAGCAGUGAGGCCCAGGCCGUCCUCCAGCCCAGCUGGUCAUGCUCAAGUGCAGCUCCAUGUGCCAUCAGAGCUGAUCCAUCCCACCAUGGCUUCUUGCUCCAAGAUGGUGUAACCAGACAUGCUCCCUGCCCUCCACUCCCUCAGCCCUGUCAGUGACCACGGUUGGGGGUGGUUCUUAAAAUAAUUUUUUAGCCCCUGCUUUCCUGUUUUUAGUUUGGUUAAGAGUCUUGAGCAGCUUCAUGCAACUGUAUUUUUGAUGACAAGACUCCCAUCUAAAGGAGAUUUUUCUCCUGUCUGAUCAUUUCACUGGUGGCUGAAGGAUUUUAGAGAACCUUAUGCUCUUACAAGGAAAAUACGAAUCCAGACUCAGUGACUGAU